ACUCCUCAACGUAUCGACGCGGGGGCGAGCGACACUGCGCAGGUGCUAGAGCCCUGGAGCACGGGAGCCCCUCGUCCUGAGGUGGAGCAAGAAGAGGUGGAAGUGCUUUGAGGAGGAGAGAAAACGCUUGUCAGCCGGGGACACGGCAAGAGCGACCCAGUCAGAAUAGAGUCGUGAACGCGGUAAACACGCAAACGCUCCCCAAACGCGUGACAACGAUACAAAAAAUAACGGCGAGGUCACAGCUGAAUACAUACCACCAUGACGUAGAAAAUUCAGAAAAUCCGUUCCCGGGAACCCAGAUAACAAACCUAGCCGUGAGUGAGUGAUAUCUCGACUAAAACACCAAUAAAUAUCACCCGCGAUCCCUACUGUUAAUAAAGCAACCCCGUUUAUUGAUUGUGGUUUAAAUUUUUAAUACGACAAUCCCCAUUUAUCUCUCUACAUGUGUUUUGCUAACUCUGUUGUUAUUGCAACGUCGGUGACAUUUUCACCUCAAAACAGAACGUUCUUUAUAAUUUCUUCCCCUCAUUUCUCUUUAUAAAAAAUUCAAAACAAAAAUACCACCACCACAAAUAACAACAGCCAAAUAAAUCUUAUGUGCCAGUCCAAAUAUUGUUAAAUUUAGAUUCAAAUCAACGACAAAUGUAACAAAAUAUGGGUGUUGUGCUAAUUAUAAAGAGGUAGUAGGUAUUCUUGCAUGGAUGAAUGAAAAAUAAUUUAUAACUAAGAUUAAACUUUUCAUGACAGUAGUUGUUGUAUUGAUAUCAACAGAUUCUGAGCCUAAAUAGUCAAUUCGAAAAGACUGAUACAAGUUUUAAAGUGGUUUUUGUGUUACAAGUUAGGGUGAAUGUAAAACUACUCAGAACCAUCUCAGAACUAUUAUUUUGUUUGAAGUAAGUUACCAAAAUAAGUUAGUGUUGUGAUAGCCAUAUUUAUAAGAGGUGACAGUUCAUCAACUUCUGAUCAAAGUUGAAUUUGAGUGUUGAUUAGGUGAUCUGACUGAUAGUGCGAAAUAAAUCAGAAAGUGAGUAAGGAAAUUCCAUGGAAGUGUUCAUAAAGGCUGGAGAAGGAUACAUUUUCAGCGAAAUGCGUGCGACAUGUGGCUGAUAGUGAGGUAGCAGUGGCCCAGCUGUGGUGUCGAGGCGGUGGUCGGUGGUGAAGUGAAGGGGCGGUUGGAGGCAGUUGGACAAUGGGCUGCGAGUUGGGCAAGUUGGCCCUGGCACAGAGGGGCGGUAGCAAUGGGGGCGGCGACAGCGAUGUGGGCAUGCAGGAGGGGGGUGGGGGCCAGAGGGGUGGUGCCCCCGCCAAACCGGACCCUAGGUUGCCCCUCACCGCCAAGCAGAAGUACAGCAUGCUUGCCUCCUGGAAGGGCAUCUCAAGGGCCAUGGAACCUACCGGAGUUUACAUGUUCAUCAAAUUGUUCGAGGAGCACCGCGAGCUGCUAGAGCUGUUCACCAAGUUUCGCGAACUGCGCACGCGCGACGAGCAGGCGAGCAGCAUGGAGCUGGCCGAGCAUGCCAACAAGGUGAUGACCACACUCGACGAGGGAAUUAAGGAGCUCGACAACCUCGACACAUUCUUCGAGUAUCUCACCAACGUUGGCGCCUCCCACAAGAAGAUACCUGGCUUCAAGCCCGAGUACUUCUGGAGAAUUGAGAAGCCGUUCUUGGAAGCAGUGAAGAUGACCCUUGGAGACCGCUACACAGAGAACGUCGAGAACAUCUAUCAGAUCACAAUAAAACUGAUAAUUGAGACCUUGGAGAAGGGUUACAAUACAUGAAGCACGGCCUAAAAUUGCUUUAAAAACAUUGUACUACUCAUACAGGAAUUAGAGUGAUAAGGGUACCGUACGUUGCAGUACGCUAAAGCACUUAAUCUGUGAAAAUCGAUAAUUCAGAUUAGGUGGGAAGCGUAACUUCACUAUCAGCUCGAAUAGUCAUGGAAGAUGAUUGUGACAUAAUGUAUAUUAUAUUUUCAACAGUUCAAGUUACCGCUGAUGUAGUUCAAUUAGUUUUCUAAUCGAUUAAUAAUUGUAUAAUCGUAGUUUAUCGAGGUUCCGUUAUCGAACCAACCAACCACUCUAACCAAGCCUCCUAUUCGAUAUUGAUUUGUACAUAAUCGUUACCCCUAGUUAUCAGAACUCAUUCAUGUCUCGAUAAUCAGAAAGACGAAUUUACCAGGUAACUUAGUGUUCACCCUACAUGGGCGGUAUUGAAUGUUUACGAAUUCGCAUAUGAGGCCUCACAGUGACAAAGAAUUUUCUUAUAAGACUAAACGAGCUAUAACCAAAACUGUAAGUACCUGCAGGUUAUAUACAUAUAUUAAUUAAUAUUGUAAAGAGUAGGACUAAUAUGGGUAGGAAUGGAAUUGAAUAAUUCUAUAGCUGUACGAAAUCCAUAUUCCAAUGGGAAAUUAUAUAUCUAUUAGAUGUUACAUUCAAUUUUAUUUGAAAAGGUAUUACACCUAGAAUGUCCCAAAAAUAUGAAUUGUAUUUUCACUCAUCGUAAUACAUACAUACAGUAAGGUGCACGUUUUUGUAUUCUUACCAAUAAAUUAUUAUAGUUUUGUUAUUGUUUUCCGAUGUAUAGAGAAAAUUCAUUGGCGUAAAUCUUAUUAUUAUUACUAUAAACAUUACAUUAGAAAUUUAUUAUAAAAUAUAAAUGUGAUUAUAUGGCAAGAUUGUUAUAUUUGUAAAGAUGAGACAUAGAUAUAUUAUAUAUAUUAUACAUAUGAUAAUGACUGGAUGAAAUGACACAGCCACUGUAUAAAACCGACCAAACAAUUCAAGAUGAAUAAUGAACAAGCGUAUUGUUAAUUGAUAUAAUACAGUAAUGGUUCGUUAUUCAGAUAUCUAGAUAUGAUUGGGAAUAGUAGAGUGGAAUAGUUUAACAUAUGAAUGUUAUGUGUAUGUAUGUACAAUAAACAUGUUUGAAAAGAGAAAA